UUACUCCGGAUCCAGUCCCUAACGACUUUUAGCGACGUCCACAGCCGCACGACUGCUACCUAGCGGCGGAGUUUAGUGGCGAGGACGAGACACCUGUAAUCCAAUCACCGCGCUGGAGACUUUGGUUCUCGUCUCACCUCUAGGACCAGAUCGCAUCCGGGGAGUCUCAGUGACGAGGGAGAAAGCGUGCAGGAAAUUCACUAACCUCGUUAGUGUUCGAGCCCGGGGAGAGCCUUCGGCGGGUUCAUCCAGUGCGGCUACGACAGCAACAGCCCUGCGCCCCAUCCACAUCAUCUCCCGACGGGUUGCGAACCGCUCGAAUCCAGCCCCGCACGACACCGUGGAACAGUUUCCUUCGGUCUUGUUGGAGGAUCACGUACAACUGAUGUGUCGUAACCGUGUGGUACUCUGACGUGUUGGGUGAGCUCAUGACGUAUGCUAGUGAGGUCACACUGACGUCACGGGACACUUUUGAUAGUCACAAUCACGUCAAGCGGUGAUUGUGGUCUUGGUGAACACAAACUGGGAAACACAAGAGAGUUGUUCUGACAUCGAUGCAAACUUUUCUUGUGAGCAGUCAAGAACUGGUGGCGAGAAUACUGUCACAGUGAGGCAGGACGCUCCCCCCGGUGCUCAGGAGUACUUGUUCACACCGGCGAAGAGUUCCAAACACGUGUCUGCUCCGGGUGGUGGUCGACACACAUAAAUAAACUUCCUUGACCCCCGAGAGUGAGGUCACGCGUAGCACGAUGACAGGCAUGUCGGCAGACAGCGAAGGGCGGGCGUCGUUGACCGUGUCCGGAGAGCAGCGCCGCCUGUCGGGCCACAAGAACGUGCACAUCGCCGCCGGGUAUGCGGAGGACAGGUCGGAGGUGCUGGAGGUGACGGAAAAGCAUGGAACCAUGUACAACGCCAUACCCUGCAUGCCCCUCCCCAUCGCCAUCCUCUGCUGCAUCUUCAACAUCGCCAUCCCGGGGCUGGGAACCUUUGUCUCCUCCUGGACCUGUCUGUGUGGCUGCAAGACAAGACUGGCGGCCCCUGCCAAGGCUUUUGGCAUCAACCUGCUGUCGGCCUUCCUGCAGAUGAUCUCCUUUGUUAUCAUCGUGGGCUGGGUGUGGAGCAUCAUCUGGGGGAUGAACUUCGUCCAGAUAGCCAUGUCUGCUGGCGAGCCCCAGAAGAUUCCUUACUACGUGCGUCGUCAAAGCAGCGUGGAGUGACCUCCCCCAAGCCUCAUCCACCCGUCAUUCCUUCACCUUCCACCUCCACCAAGCAUUGUCUGAUGUGAGAAGAUCCGGCCUUACCACGGUGGCAUCCUAUAUCGUAUUUACAGGAUAAUACCAUGCAGAGGUCAUCUCUUUUUUUUUUAAGAUCAAAGAAAAAGCUUUAAGACAUAAAAAGCGAGGAAGAGACAGGUGCCAAAGAUAAAUACUUUAUUCUGAAAUGGCCUCACGAUAAAUAUUUAUCAAAUCGAAGAAUUAAAAAAAAAAGAUACUACAUGACAAGCAUGGUUGUUGACAGUUGUCACAAAAUGCGCAUGAGUCGGCCCAAACCGAGAUGAACAGACCGUGUUUGUCGCUUGUGGAUGUUUUUCAGUUUCCAGAAUAUUGUUUGACAUUUGUGAAUAUUGUAGAACCAGUGGUGGGGUCAACGUGUUGGCUGACAUGUGACAGGACAAGGAAAGGAGGAAAACGAGUUGUUCUUGUUGCCUACAGUAAGAUGGAUGUUGUCAUGAGAGUAGCUGGUUUCUCCUUUUUUCAUUACAUUUCACGCAUCCCAAUAUUAAUGUAGCAAACGCACAUAGAGUCGAAUUUAUUUAAGUAUGGAUAUUCUUAAAGUGUGUUUAAGCAUAUGCUAUGACUGUGUGGUUGCGUGUAUGUGUGUGUGUUUAAAUAUACAGGCAUUGAUGAAAAGAAAGAGAGAGAGAGAGAGGAAGAAGAGAGCUGGAUAGAAUGUAUACAAAGAGCGAGAUAUCAAAUGAUUUUAUUCGCAUCGUCUUGCAAGUUAGCCAUUUUCCAACUUCCGUUUCUAUGGCGGGCUAUAACGCUGCUUGCAGUAAUUUUUUUUUUCGUUUUUAUGGAUCCAGACCUCAAGAUAUUUUAUCAGAAUGCUGUACAUUUGAGCAAGAAAUAUAGCUAAGAGUAGGAAUGGACUAAAUGCAUUUGUUACAAAUAAUUUAAAAAUCCAACAACUAUAACUUUAGAGAGAGAUCGAGUGCAUAUUGACUGACUAAAAGUUACUAACUUAGUAUAGUCUUAUCUUGUUACUUCUUCUUGUGAACAAGAACCUAACUAAUCUAGUAUUAUUAGUAAUUAAACUCUGUUGAUCCUCAGUUUCAGCCAGCAAUAACCAGUCUUGACCUCUACCUGAUGAAUAAACAGAUUUUUUAAAAAAUGGCGCCAAUAGUUCAGAUAAGCAUCAAUUCAGGCAGAAGUACAAGUAAAUUUAUUACACUCGGGAAUGAGAUUUUACAAAUUAGAAUGAGAGAGUAAAUCCCGUUCAUCUACGUCCUCCUGUGUCUGUGAAUAAAGUCUUUCUUUUAGAUGUACACAUAAUGUGUUUUUUUACAUGUGUCUUGUAUUAUCUGUCCAGUUCAUACAAUUCGUUUGUCACAAAACAUUUACAUGCAGCAAUUUAGGAAUUUCUUAGCUUUAUUUUCGCCUGAAGCAAGUGGUGCAUGGUCUAUGUUUUUAAUCAUUGAAAUUGUUUUCAAAUAUUUUAAUAGGUAAUAUCAAGUUUGAACUGGCGUCCGAACUGAGAGCGAUGGUUCGAUGCUCGAAUAGCGCAGCAAACUUCCCCCGUCGACCCAGCUGGCGGGAAUGGUCACAUGACUUCAUAGAGGGCUGGGGAAGGUGGCAGCCAUGGAGAGUGAGAUGGGCACUGCCCUCAUGAAUAGCUGGCCCUGAGUAAAGUGGGUUAGGGUUAGGGGCGACCUUAACCUUAUCACCUUUGCCUAAUGACUGAAGUUAAUUGAUUUACAACACCUUAUGAAGUAAGGAAUUCGGGAUAUCACUUGGAAGGCAUUAAAGAGAAACUAAGAACUUUUAGGUGCACAUAGUGUUAAAGAAAGAAAAUUUCAAGUAAAGGGAGAUAAUGCUGGUCUUUAAAUUUCCAACGAAGAGUUGUCUAACCGACCAUAUCUCUCUUGUUCCAACGGCUUUGCCCAUUUCACGUUGCUAGUUUGCCACCGUUUUAAUAAGAAAUUUUUGAAAUAAAACCUCGUAAUUUUGUUUAGAAGAGUAUAGUUCGAAUACAUUGCUUGGAGGUUUGAGUAGUUUUCUCGUGAAGUAACCCUGUUUUUCGCUAUUGUUUUGCAACCAGGCCUCCACCAUGAAGUAAAGCUCACGGUAUAAAAAGGGUUUUUAAAAAUGAAAAAAUAUUACAAGCUAUAUGGAGAUUUUUGCUGUCAGUGGAGAUAUUUGUGUGCAUCGAAAGAGUGAUGUCCCCACACCCAGCUAUGAUAUGAGCAUGAACAAUAAAUUUAUAAACAGAUUGAUCCGAGCCCGAGUAAGAGCUGAGAAAACAAGUUCUUGUAUUGAGUACAAGCAUGUCUUCAGCAGGCCUAGUAGUAUUAUAAAUAGUUAUAAUAAUUCCGAUACAGCUCAUCAAGGAAACAUAAAAUGUCACAUUAUGACCAGGAAAUCUUGACAAUAAGUUUACCUUUACCUGGACCAGAAUAAAAUACUGUAGAUUAUAACACCGGGUACUUGAGAAAUUACUACAAGCUUGUACGUGUUGUCUAGUCUGUGUCAUUGUGUUACGAACCACGCAGUCUUUUAUUAAAAAAACUUUUUUAUUCUAAUACCUUCUUAUCGUAUGUAAAUGCUGCAUGUGCUAUUAAACUCCGGAUAUGUGAUCUCUGUAUUUAUAUCUCUGCUUUAUAUUCACCUGUAGUACCACACUGUCUGCUAAUUUCGAUGUAACAAUGCUUUCUAAAGAUGUAAUGUUAUCGUCUAUUUGUUACAAUGAACUGUAACCUUAUGGUGUAACGCUGGCUGUGUGAAACACUUACAUUGAGAACAAUUCCCAACUUGUGCGCGAUGUCUGUUUGAACUGCAACCCUGAAACAAAAAUUAAGGCAGAAUCCACAAAAUCUUCAUUUCAGAUUGUAACUUUAAAUUCCCGGGUGUGUUCUGGUUCUCUGUGAUUAACCGACUGUCGGGCGUUAAAAUAAUGUUUAGUUUUGCUUCCUAAGCAGCAUGUGAUUCACAAGCAAGGUGACAUGAUGGUCACCCCGACUACUGGCACAAUACAAGCUGUCAAUGUAUGUUUUCUGCUGUUUUCAUUAAAUAAAAUUUACCGGCUAUCUUUGCUUCUGCCUGCAACUGCAAAUGCUUUCAGCAACGUGAAGGUUAUUUUAUAUGGAUUAAUAAGUUCAACUUGUAUUGAUAAAAUAUUGCUCAAGUGA